CUCGUAAAGCUGCGGAAUCAAUGCCUCUGUAUUCUGUUUAAGCCCAGCUGAGCUAGAUUUCUAGUAUAUUACGCCUACUAUUUAAUCGACCUACCAAAACUCAACCCGAAGAUACGAUCGCCAGCAGCCCACCGACGAAAGAUGUACGAUCCGAAUACCAAAGAGUCAGGUGAUAACAAAGAUAAGAACGGCUUGCUUAAGUAUGGCCGUACCUCAGCACCUGACUCUGAUGCCGAUGACUUCCAACCCGGAAAAAAGAGAAAGACUGGUGUUGAUCGGCCGGGGGGAGAUGCUCCUGUCGUAGAGGACUAUACUGUGGGCUGGGUGUGUGCCCUCCCGCUGGAAAUGGCUGCCGCGAAAGGGAUGCUCGAUCAGCUUCAUCCGAACUUGCCCUGGCAGGAUCCAGCCGACCAUAACAGCUACGUCUUGGGUCAGGUUCAAGGCCACAACGUCGUCAUCGCCUGCCUACCUGCAGGCAUUUAUGGAAUAACACCAGCUGCCACGGUCGCGAAGGACUUGCUGCGGACCUUUAAGUCAAUCCGGUUCGGCUUGAUGGUUGGAAUCGGCGGUGGUGUACCGUCGCGAAAACAUGAUAUCCGGCUGGGCGACAUCGUGGUUAGCCAACCCGCUGAAACAAGUGGAGGUGUUAUCCAGUACGACCGGGGGAAGACAGUGCAGGAGGGAGAGUUCCAACGCACAGGAUCGCUCAACGCACCACCCCAGGUCCUGUUAGCCGCCCUAGGUCGUCUCCAGGCCGAUCACAUGAUCGAAGACAGCAGAGUCCCCCAGUUUAUAUCUGAGCUUAUCAGCAAAAGCCCAAAGAUCAUAAAGAAGAAGUUCAGUCAUCAGGGCGCUCUCUACGAUUGCCUUUUCCAAGCAGAGUACGACCACGUCGAUUCAGACUCUACUUGUGAUGAGUGUGAUCCCAAGCAGAAGAUCCAACGGGAGGACAGAGACGACACGAAUCCAGUCAUUCAUUACGGCAACAUUGCCUCAGGCAAUCAGGUAAUCAAGCAUGGAAAGACACGCGACAAGUUAAGCAAAGACCUUGGGGUGCUCUGCUUCGAGAUGGAGGCUGCAGGACUACAAGAUUUCCCAUGCCUAGUCAUCCGUGGUGUUUGCGACUACGCGGACUCUCAUAAGAACAACCGGUGGCACGAAUAUGCAGCUAUAACAGCGGCCGCGUUUGCAAAGGAGCUCCUUUCAGUCAUACCGCCAAAUAGGGUCCUGCAGGAGAAGCUUAUACCGCAGUUAGUGUCUGAUCCUGAUCUUCAUAGGCUUGUUUCUAACACUAAUACGGCCAUCUCGGCACAGACGCAGAAGCAGGAGGUCAGAUACGAGAGCCAAAAACAGGUUGAUUGCCAUCAAACAUUCAAGACGAGCGCAUAUGAGAAGUUCAAGAAUAUCAACCCUGACCGAGUCCCGGGCACAUGCAAAUGGGUAUUAGAGCAUCCACGGUACCAAACAUGGCAGCAGAGCCGUCACGAUGAUCUCCUUUGGAUUUCCGCCGACCCAGGCUGUGGAAAGUCUGUUUUAGCCAAGUCUCUUAUCGAUGGGGAGCUCCAAUCUACAAACCACCAUAUAGCUUGCUACUUCUUCUUCAAGGAUAACGACGACCAAAACAACCUAGCGACAGCCUUAUGUGCCCUUCUUCAUCAGCUUUUCAACUUUCAACCAUUCCUCAUCCGUCAUGCUAUAGCGGCCUUUGAAAAGAACGGAGAGAAACUGCAGACUGAAGUGGACGAACUGUGGCGUAUCUUCAUCGCUACUACUACGGACGAUCAAGCAAUCAAUGUCACUUGUGUCCUAGACGCCUUAGACGAGUGCUGUAUUGAUGACCGACGGAAGAUUAUCCAGUUUUUAACAAACUUCCACAAGCGGCAAACAACUUCUACAAGAAAGUCUCAAUUAAAGUUUCUUGUAACUAGUCGACCUUAUCAGGACAUCGAAUCCGAAUUCCGUAACAUACCUGAGCCUCAGACAAUCCGUCUUGCUGGCGAAGAGAAAAACGCCGAUAUUAGCGAGGAAAUCAACCUUGUAGUUCACGAUACAGUACUCAAAGCCGGCCGAGAAUAUCAGCUGGAUCAAGAUAUGCAGGGCAUAUUACGGACAAAGCUCUUGGGAACACCCAAUCGGACUUAUCUCUGGCUGCAUCUCAUGAUCAAGGAGCUUCCCUACCUCGACAAAAUCACCAAGAGAGCAUUUCAGAAGGAUAUCGACUCACUUCCGCAGUCUGUUGAGCAAGCAUACGAAAGGAUUCUGAGCCGACACAGUAACGGCCAUAGAAAGAAGGUGCAAACGCUUCUUCAUAUCGUUGUCGGUGCUCGGCAGCCUCUUACGCUGAUAGAACUAUACGUGGCCUAUCAACUUGCGACAGAACUACCAAACGCAGACAGACACGAUGAUCUCGAACUUGAUCAUAUACACUUCAAGCUACGGAUCCGGGACCUUUGCGGCCUUUUUGUUUUCAUAAACGACAACAGAGUCUAUUUGAUACACCAGACCGCCAAGGAAUUCCUCGUUCAACGGAUCAUUCACCCUAGUCCAGCUAACAACCGUUGGAAACACUCCCUCUACAAACCACAUUCAGACGCGAUAAUGACACAAAUCUGUGUUCAAUAUCUGUCAUUUAGGGACAUUCAAGACAAUCGGUUUCCUGCUGGUAGAAGAGAAACAGACACGAGCACUACCCAGUACCCCUUUUUGGAAUAUUCAGCAACACACUGGCCUUCACACUUGCGAGACGCAAAUCCCCCAAAGGACGUAUUACAAAAGCAGAUCUUGCAGCUAUAUAACAUGCAAGAUGGGCGAUUCGAAACAUGGGUCUCAAUAUUCUGGCAAACAAACUAUCAAUACAAAGCGAGGGGUGGCCUCAACAAUGUCAACGCAGGAGACGGCUUUGAUGGCAACGCUCUUUACAUUGCAUCAUUUAGAGGCCACGACAAGAUCGUCCAGAUGCUUCUCAACAAGGGCGCAGAUGUCAACGCUCAAGGCGGCGAUUAUGGCAACGCUCUUCAGGCUGGAUCAUUAGAAGGCCACGACAAGAUCGUCCAGAUGCUCCUCAACAAGGGCGCAGAUGUCAACGCUCAAGGCGGCGAUUAUGGCAACGCUCUUCAGGCUGGAUCAUUAGAAGGCCACGACAAGAUCGUCCAGAUGCUUCUCAACAAGGGCGCAGAUGUCAACGCUCAAGGCGGCGAAUAUGGCAACGCUCUUCAGGCUGCAUCAUACGAGGGAUACCACAACAUCGUCCAGAUGCUUCUCGAUAAGGGCGCAGAUGUCAACGCAGAAGGCGGUGAGUAUGACAACGCCCUUUACAUUGCAUCAUUUAGAGGCCACGACAAGAUCGUCCAGAUGCUUUUCAACAAGGGCGCAGAUGUCAACGCAGAAGGCGGCGAUUAUGGCAACGCUCUUCAGGCUGCAUCAUACGAGGGAUAUCACAACAUCGUCCAGAUGCUUCUCGAUAAGGGCGCAGAUGUCAACGCAGAAGGCGGCUACUAUGACAACGCUCUUUACAUUGCAUCAUUUAGAGGCCACGACAAGAUCGUCCAGAUGCUUCUCAACAAGGGCGCAGAUGUCAACGCAGAAGGCGGCUACUAUGACAACGCUCUUUACAUUGCAUCAUUUAGAGGCCACGACAAGAUCGUCCAGAUGCUUCUCAACAAAUGCGCAGAUGUCAACGCUCAAGGCGGCGAAUAUGGCAACGCUCUUCAGGCUGCAUCAUACGAGGGAUACCACAACAUCGUCCAGAUGCUUCUCAACAAGGGCGCAGAUGUCAACGCUCAAGGCGGCAGAUAUGGCAACGCUCUUCAGGCUGCAUCAUUAGAAGGCCACGACAAGAUCGUCCAGAUGCUUCUCAACAAGGGCGCAGAUGUCAACGCUCAAGGCGGCGAAUAUGGCAACGCUCUUCAGGCUGCAUCAUACGAGGGAUACCACAACAUCGUCCAGAUGCUUCUCGAUAAGGGCGCAGAUGUCAACGCAGAAGGCGGCGAGUAUGACAACACCCUUUACAUUGCAUCAUUUAAAGGCCACGACAAGAUCGUCCAGAUGCUUCUCAACAAGGGCGCAGAUGCUGCAUCAUCUGGAGGCCACGACAACAUCGUCCAGAUGCUUCUCGAUAAGGGCGCAGAUGUCAACGCUCAAGGCGGCAGAUAUGGCAACGCUCUUCAGGCUGCAUCAUCUGGAGGCCACGACAACAUCGUCCAGAUGCUUCUCGAUAAGGGCGCAGAUGUCAACGCAGAAGGCGGCAGAUAUGGUAACGCUCUUCAGGCUGCAUCAGAGGGAGGCUACGAGAACAUCGUCCAGAUGCUUCUAUGGCAAUGCUCUUUAGGCUGCAUCAUCCCAAGCCUAUGA